AUGGUGCAGUUGAAAUGGCUAUAUCAGCCGCUGCCCACAGUAUCGGAGCAGAUGCGCGACUGGUUCCAGGUUGUGCUGCGCGGCAUCACCUGGCCAUGGGCUUGGGAUGACGACUUGCGGCCGCGCUACGAUGUUCACCUGUGGACUAUACCCAUCGAGUUUGUCCACUCGAUGCUUCUCUUCAUGGUCAUCAUUGCGCUGUGCAGGCUUAGACCAGUCAUUCGGCAGUCGACCGUCUUCGGCCUCCUGCUCUACUUCCUCUGGUCGGGCAAAUGGGCCGCCUUUGAGUUUGUCGGCGGCAUGCUUCUCGCCGAGUUCCACCUGCGAAAGCAGAAGAACAGGAAGAGCCUGGAGGGCUUCGAGGAGCCGCCGGAGAAGCAGGGGAGGGUGGCUCGAGGCAUACGGUGCCUGCUUCAUGUGUGCAUCUUCUCGGCGGCCGCCUUCAUCGGCGGAUGGCCCAACUGGCAGGGAGAGAACACGCCGGGCAUCCGGUACCUGCUCCAGCACACGCCCCAUUCCUUUUCUCCCGAGAGGGACUUCCUGGCGCCGCAAAAGUUCUGGUUCGCGCUCAGCGCCAUUGCGGUGGUCUGGUCGUGCGGCGACUUGCCGGUCGUCCGCAAGCUUCUGGAGGGGAGUGUGCCGCAGUACCUCGGCCGCACGAGUUAUGCAUUCUAUAUUGUUCACGGGCCGGUGCUGGACUUGUUCCAGCUAUCCGUGCUCGGCAGCGCUGCCACGCCGGCGCAGGGCGAGCUUGGGAACGAGGGUUACCGGCCCGAGAUCCUCGGCCAGGGCCUGAGGGGAAUGAUCGGGAUCGAUGGGCCGAACCAGCGGAUGGUUUGUUGGCUGGCUGGGCUGCUCGUCCUGACGCCCAUGGUUGUUUGGGUGGCCGACAUCUUCUGGCGGUUAGUGGACUUGCCCAUCAUUGGGGCGGCCAAGAAGCUGGAGACGGCUUGUUUGGACAACAGCCAUGAGGCGCGCGCCCUUCCGCCGCUGACGCAGAAGAAACACCACAUCACACCAGCCCAGUUUACCACAAACUUCGGCCUCAGGCUGAUACUUGGAAAAGAGACCACCGUCCGUCGUGCAAACCCCGGCCCAGUCCAAGAAAACGAGAUGGAGGCAUCUUGCGAGUGCGGAUCCGUCCGCUUCACGACGCCGUUGGCGCAGCCGCUGGCGCUCUACAUCUGUCACUGCUCUGCGUGCCAGCGCCAGACCGGCUCUGCCUUCGGAACGAGCGCCAUCUUCCCACGCUUCCCCCUGCCUCGCGAUGAGCUAUUGAGUUGCUACGUUAUGCGGAACACGGCUACUCCAUUGUUCACCGGUACGUCGCUUGCCCUCUCCCCAUACUCAAAGAACGUUGUCUCUGUGAAGGGUGGCUGCAUUGAAAAGGGCCUCGACUGGAAAAAGGCAAUCCAUAUCUGGACCAGCAAUGCCAUGGUCCCCAUUCCCGAGGGCAGCGAAUGCCAUUCUGAGGAGUCCGAGUUUACCGACUAUGGCAAGACGCAAGAGUUGCUCGAUCAGCCAAGCGGCCUCACUUGCACAGGCCUGUCAAGGUCGGUAGGCAGCGACGAGGGCCAAGAGACGAAGCCCGUCGUUGGCAUGUGCGAGUUAAGUAACCUUUCUACGUCGUCUUGA